UUAUUUCAGCCUUGGGACGGACUUAUCACCCCAAAUGCUUUGUGUGCAGCAUGUGCAGAAAACCAUUCCCUAUCGGAGACAAAGUUACUUUCAGUGGCAAGGAGUGUGUUUGCCAAACCUGUUCCCAUUCUCUGAUCAGCAACAAACCCAUCAAGAUACAUGGACCAAGUCAAUGUGCAGGUUGCAAGGAGGAAAUCAAGCAAGGCCAGUCACUCCUUGCCCUAGAGAAACAGUGGCAUGUCAGCUGCUUCAAGUGCCAAACCUGUGGAAUCAUCCUGACAGGAGAAUACAUUAGCAAGGAUGGCAUUCCAUACUGUGAAUCUGACUAUCACGCCCAGUUUGGCAUUAAAUGUGAAACCUGCAACCGGUACAUCAGCGGCAGGGUCCUGGAGGCAGGAGGAAAACAUUAUCACCCUACUUGUGCCCGAUGUGUGCGUUGCCACCAGAUGUUCACCGAAGGUGAAGAGAUGUACCUCACAGGCUCAGAGGUGUGGCACCCCAUCUGCAAACAAGCAGCAAGAGCAGAAAAGAAGUUAAAGCACAGAAGAACUUCUGAAACAUCCAUCUCCCCACCAGGUUCCAGCAUUGGGUCCCCCAAUCGUGUCAUCUGUUCUCUUGGAACUUUGUCUCCAUAUUCUCAGGACAUUUAUGACAGCAUGGAUAUCAGGCAGAGGCGAGCCUCAAGCCCAGGCUACAUUGAUUCCCCCACCUACAGCCGCCAAGGCAUGUCACCCACCAUCCCACGCUCGCCACAUCAUUAUUACCGCUCAGGAACAGAGAGUGGACGCAGUUCCCCCUACUAUAGCCAGUUAGAUGUGAGGUCUUCCACACCAACCUCAUACCAGGCUCCUAGACAUUUCCACAUUCCAGCUGCCGCAGAGAGUAACAUCUACCGGAAACCCCCCAUCUAUAAAAGACACGCUACAAAAAGUAAAACCAGCGAGGAUAUUGCCCAGUCCUCCAAAUACAGCCCAGCCUAUUCUCCGGAUCCAUAUUACCACUCAGAGACUGAGUACUGGACUUUCCAAGGGUCACCCAAAGCACCACGAGUUCGAAGAUUCUCCUCAGGAGGAGAAGAAGAUGGGUUUGAUCGAGGGAUGCACAAACUCCAGACUGGCAUUGGCAGGUUGAUACUGAAGGAAGAAAUGAAGGCACGAUCCAAUUCCUAUGCAGACCCUUGGACACCACCCCGCAGCUCAACUGGCAGUAGGGAAGCUCUUCACACCACUGGCUAUGAGAGCUCCCUAAAUGGCUCUCCCCGGAUGCAUUAUCUGGCUGACAGCGAUCCUCUCAUUUCAAAAUCUGCCUCUCUUCCUGCUUAUAGAAGAAAUGGGCUGCACCGGCCACCAAGUGCUGAACUCUUCCACUACGACAGCACAAAUGCCGUCAACUGGGGGAUGCGAGAAUAUAAGAUAUACCCUUAUGAGCUGCUUCUGGUGACGACAAGGGGGAGAAACCGCUUACCCAAAGAUGUAGACAGAACUCGGUUAGAGCGCCACCUGUCACCAGAGGAAUUUUUCCAGGUGUUUGGCAUGACCAUUGCUGAGUUUGAUCGCCUGGCAUUGUGGAAGAGGAAUGAGCUGAAGAAGCAGGCACGGCUGUUUUAA